UUACAGGAUUUGUGGAAUGAUUAUGGACAAUUUGUCGAAGGUUGCAGUAAUGCAACCGUCCACAUCAUGGGCAUAUAAUGUUGGUAAAUUAGUUCAAAUAGAUGGUCUUGAGUAUAAUCGAGCUAAAACAAUGGAUGAAUGUAUAGAAGCGCUUGAACGAAGCUCUUUACCAACAUUUCCAGAUAAUAAUAAUGGAUCAUUAUGGUGUAAUGCGACCUUCGAUACAGUACUCUGUUGGCCAGCAACACCAGCUAAUAGUAGUAUUACUGUACGUUGUCCACCACUUAAAGGACUUGAUCCUGGAAAGAAUAUUACCAAAUAUUGUCAUAGUUCGGGUCGUUGGAUGGGUCGAGCAGAGGGUGACUUCUCACGUCCUCAUGGCUGGACAAAUUUUACGAUGUGUUUUACCCGAGAAGUUAUUGAAAUGAUGACUAAGCUCACCAACGGAUCUCUUGUUAUAGCUCAAGAAGUAGCAAGAAAUGCCCGUAAAUUAGAAUUUGUUGGUCUUGGCUUAUCGCUCAUUUCUUUGCUCAUAUCAAUCGCUAUUUUUUCUUACUUCAGGAGGCUGCGGGUAUUUAGGAAUUUAUUACACUUACAAUUAAUGAUUGCCAUAUUGAUGGUUGUUAUUAUUCGCCUUAUCCUCUACAUUGAUCUUAUUUUUACCGAUCGUCUUGGACCACAUAAUUUGGAUAGUAAUGAUGGAAAAACUAUCAAUACUAUGGUAUUUCUGUGCGAAGCAAUGUUUUUCAUGCUUGAAUACUUCAAAACUGUCGCAUUUUGUUGGAUGUUUCUUGAAGGAUUCUAUUUGCAUAAUAAACUUGUUUUCACAGUAUUUGCAGAUGAAUUACGUCUUAGGCAUUAUCUUAUAGCUGGAUACGGUUUUCCAUUGGCGCAAACAUUUUUAUGGUUAACAGUAAUACUGAUGAAGAAACAAGGAAAAGUGGAUCGAUGCCUGGGAUCAUAUUACCUCGAACCGGAAUUUUGGCUCUUAGAUGGACCAAGAAUGUUUGAAUUAGUUGUAAAUUUAUUUUUCAUAUGUAAUGUCAUUCGUGUCCUAUGGACAAAAGUAAGCCAAUCACAUAAUACAAGUGAAUUGGAUAGGAUGAAGAAAAGUGUCAAAGCAGCAUUGAUGCUAAUUCCACUAUUAGGUAUUCCAAAUAUUAUGCAAACUAUACCUUUUUCACCAACUAAGAAUAAUAUUGUGUAUUUUGCAAUUUGGACAUAUUGCGCAUCAUUCACUUACAUGUAUCAGGGCUUCAUGAUUUCAAUCAUCUAUUGCUUUACUAAUAAAGAAGUCCAAAAUGUCUUGAAGACUCAUUACGGUAGGCUUAAGCUACAAUACACAAGUACUGUAAAUUUACGGCAUGGUAGUCGAACAAAUGUACUUCGAAAUGGCAGUUCCAUAGGUAUAACUUUAAACAAAUCUGAAAAUGACACAUUAUUGAGGAUACAAAAAUGUUCGAUCAAAGAUCAUCAUGAUCCAACAACAUCAGCUCUGAUCUCUAUGGCUCAGUCUGAAAUAAAUUCAAAUUUGGACACGAACGAUAGUAGUAAUAGUAAUAGUAGUAGAGAAGGAUCGCCAAUUACGAAACAACUAAAGAAAAGGAAACACAGAAAACAAGAAUCAUUAAAGUUGCAAUUCUCUGAAAGUAUUAUAACUGCAAAUGUCCCAUUUGGAAAGGAUGAUUCACAAGUGACUAGAAUGGAUGAUUAGUGAUGAUAAUCAAUAAAAUGAGAAUCAAUCUCUAGAAAUGGAUCUAUCAAAUGAACUGAUAAGAAUUCUACCUAUCAGCAAUUUAUCAAAUCCGGAAGAAGCAUUUAACUAUUAUUUCUAUCUGUC